UUAUAGUUUCGUUUAGAGUUGUGUGGUUACGGAUCCUUUGGUUACGCAUCGUUGGAAGCGGUGUUUUGAGAUUAAAAUUCAGGCUGACAUGUGGUAUUAUUAAUGUAUGGCGACUAAAAAUAAUAACACAUCUUCUGAUCCCGAGGUGGGACUUGGUGAACCACUGGAUACUUUAAAAAUUAAAAUCUGUGGUAAAAAUGGAGUCCAGAAAAUAGUUCCAGCAGUGAAUAUUGGUUUUAUGGAACUUAGGAACUAUAUCUAUUUUAAACCUCCACCAGUUGUUGCAAGUAGUAGUGAUUCAUCGACAUUAAAUGCUGAUGAAGAAGAAUGGUUAGAAUGUAUGUCGUUUUUUAAAGAAGAUCUUCAGUGGCUACUUAAACUGCCACAUCAUAGGUUUUGGUCUCAAAUUAUUUACGAUGAAAAUUUACAUAAAUGUUUAGAAUCUUAUUUGUCACAAGCUCCAAGGGACUAUGAUUUUGUCAAUAUAGCUUUUAAAGAAGACAUUUUAUUUGCUCUGAAGAAAGUCCACAGAUUAGUUUUCGUAGUGUUUUUGAGAAUGUCUACUUAUAAAGAAUCUAAAAAGCAUCACAUAAGACCUGAAGCUUUUGGAGAAAUGAUUUAUGAAAAUUUUAUUUUUGAUGUGCCAAAGUUAAUGGAUCUAUGUGUGUUGUAUGGAUUUCGAAAUCGUUCCUUAUUGUGUAAAAUGGUGCAAAAUAUAUUCAACACUCAACCAAAGUAUCUAAAUGAUCUUGUCGAAACUUCUAGUGCUGUAUUAGCAGCUUUUAACAGUGCUGAAGAGAAGUUGUUCAUGAAUAUUCCUGAAAAGCAUGGUGGAUACUAUGCAUCAGAAGAUAAUUCUCAGUCAGGUAUUAAAGAAUUGUCGUUGACAUCGUUCUGUGACAUAAUAAAUUAUGUAUGUGAUACUAGUGCAACAAUUUAUACAUUCCUGGAAAUUUACUCCCCUGCUUGUCAAAUAUUUUAUCAACAUGGAGCUGUUAACAGGAUAGUUCCAUUUUAUGAGCAAGUUUUUCCUGCUAUAGAAAAGGAACUUAAGAAGCGUAGUAAAAUAGAAGAAAAUAGAGAUGUAAUUGAAGGUGUUAAAAAUAAGAUUGUACUUUCAAAGACUUUUUUAGUUAAAGUAUUCAGAAAUAUUGUGAAUUCCUGUUGCAUCGAGCCCAUUUUAAAUGCAAGAUAUAGUGAAGACAGUACGAAAAUUUCAGUGGUUUCAUAUGUUGAAAAUUUCAUAGGUAUUUUUACUGAAGUAGCUGCAGAAAAAGUUUUCCUGCAUGAUUACAACUUGUUAUAUCCCUUUGAAAACGACUUGGAAUUACUAAAUGAAGUGGGGUUAAAUUUAGAUCCUGAGAGGUUGAGUUAUAUAUUUUGCAGCAUUCAUGAUAGUCCUGAAAUGUUAGCUGAAGACUUCGCGUCUUCUGUUGCUAAUGGAGCUCGUCCAAAGGCAAAGAAAACAAAUAUGUCAGAUGUAUCCAACAAAUCUGUUAAAAAUUUGCAUGGUUUAGCCGCUAUGCUGAAAGAAAAAGAGUCUCAAAAAACUAAUGGAGAGUCAGAUUUCAUGCCAGAUCAAAAUUAUUUGUCAGGGUCAAAAGUAAAACUUCUUGUACAGUCAGUUCUGGAUGUCUUUCCUGAUCUUGAUGAUGGAUUUGUUGAGCAAUGUUUAAAGUAUUACUCCUUUGAAGCUGAAAAAGUAAUUGAUGCACUGUUGAAUAAUUCUUUACCUGAUUGUCUCUAUGUGAACAAAAAUUCAGAAAGGGAUAGUACAUUUGAAAAUAAUGAGGUUGUUGAAAAUGUCAAGACUUAUUCUGUUUUAUCGGAAAGGAAAAAUAUAUAUGAUAAUGAUGAAUUUGAUAUAUUCUCAAGAACAGAUGUAAAUCUCAAAAACAUUCAUAUUGGGAAAAAAUCUAAGACUCCUAACACAUACCAAGGUUUGGAAGAGGAUCAAGAUUCAGAGUUCAUCAAACUGCUUACUUUGAACUAUGGUUCUAAUGAAACAGAUUUCAAUGAUGAGAUGAAAAUAUAUGAAGAUGAAUAUGAUGACACAUACGAUUCAGUGAUGCUUGGCUUGAAGGAACCUGUGCCUGAAGGAGAACCAGAUAAAGAUGAAGUAGUAGAAGACAAGAAAAUUGAAGAGUCUCAACAUACUCCUGAUGAAACUGCAAAACAACCAGGUCCAAAUGACUUUUGCACCAAUCCAGAAAUUCUUCGAGAGAGAGCUGAGCAGCGACGACAAGCAAAGCUUGAAUCUAGAGGUUUUAGAAGAGGUGGUGUGUCUGCAAAUUCUAAUAAUUCCAGGCAACAGAAAGACAGACAUAAGGGCCAAGUUGCUAAUCAUAACCGCAGAAAGCAAUCAGAUUUCAAAAGAUCCAGAGGCAUGGGGUUUGUAUCUCAACGAUGACGCAUAAUGGGUUGUGAAUGAUAGUCAGGACGACUCAAGAUCUGUCCUUAUAACAGUGGACAAUAUCUGCAAAAAUUAUGCAGUUGUGGCAUUUAAAAGAUGUUUUAUGUUGAUAUUUAAACUAAGUGUCAAAUGAAAGCUACUUCUGUAUUUUAUGCGAGUUAUUUUUAUAUGAACUGAAAGCCCAAUAAUUUUUUUUAAAUACAGAACACAAAAAUUGUUUAUAAAAUUUUCCUAUAACAGAAACUUAUGUUUAUUAAAUAUGUAUUAGUGUUAACAGUAUAUAACACAAAAACUUGAAAAAGUGUACUGUUAUUUAAAAAAAAAAAAAUAAGAUUGGAAUUUUUGUCAUUCCUCUGUAAUAAAAUUACAAAACAUUAUAACUGUUCAAAAUUUUAAUUUUUUAUUAUUCUAUUUCUGCAUCUUUAAAAAUUUAUUUUACUUCCAUAUCUUUCAAAAUUAUCUUUAAAUAAAUUUUGCUACGUUAUUUAGAUACUUGUGUUGUGUAAAGGAAAAGUCAUUUCUGAAUUUCUUGCAUUUGUUUGUCUUUAAAUAUGUCACCUUAUAUAUAUAAAGCUAUAUAUAUAAAUCUCUUAAUAUUAACAGAUCUUAUUUUUUAAUUUAAUACCUCCUUUUUUAAAGCUUUUUAAUACCUUAUUUAUUGUAUAAAGUCUGAUUAUUAAUUGUACUUUAUGUGCCUAAAUGAAUGAAGAUUCAAAUUUUCAGAUUAAAAUAAUUAAUUUUAUUGAUGUGAUAUUCUAUGUUUGUUAGCUAUUGGCAAUGAAUUAUAUAUUUGUAUAUGUUUACUAGACUAUUACAGCUGUUUAUUAUUGGAGAGCUGAUAAGAAAUAAAAUAUUUUACUGAGGAAA